UCCCAGGUUAAACCCAACAAACAAACAGCGAUUUACCAUGUUCAAAUUCUCUCUCUCCCUCAAUGCUUUCGCCAUUUCAACAACACUCUCCCAUUUCCCCUUCCCAUUUUCUCUCAAGUUCCUCACCACCACCGCAACUUCAAACUCCUUCGCCGUUUCCUACUUCAUCAACAAAUUCAACUUCUCACCAGAAUUCGCACUCAAAGCUUCCAAACAGGUUCGUUUCAACUCCUCUCAAAAACCCGAUUCAGUUCUCAACUUUUUCACAACCCACGGUUUCACUGACACAGACAUGCAAAACAUCAUUAAAAGAGAACCAUGGCUUCUUAACUGCGAUACCCACAAAAGGGUUUUGCCAAAGUUUCAAUUUUUACUCUCCAAAGGUGCUUCUCCCUCUGACAUUGUUGGCAUCGCUGUAGGUAACCCUAGAUUCAUGAAAACAAGUUUGAAGAAUCGUGUUAUUCCACUUUAUAAUUUAGUAAAUCAAUUCAUCUGUUCUGAUCAAAAGACACUUGCUUCUAUUAUUUCAUGCCCUUCUUUGCUUUGUAGUGAUUUUGUUGAUUCUAAUAUCAAAUUGUUGGUUGAAAAUGGUGUUUGCAAUUCUAGUAUUUUUAGAAUACUUCGUUCUAGACCUAGUAUUAUCUUUUGUAGUCCUAGAGAGUUAGCCGAGUCGGUUGAGGAAUUGAAAAAAUUGGGAUUAAAUCCUUCUAUGUCAUUCUUUGGUGAUGCAUUGCUUGCCAAGAGAGGUAUAAGUGAAUCCAAGUGGAAUGAGAAGAUUGAUACUUUUAAGAAGUGGGGUUGGUCUGAGGAAACUAUUUUGGAAGCUAUUAGGAGACAGCCGAAGUGUAUGCUUUCAUCAAACGAUAAAAUCAAUAGGGUGAUGGAGUUUUGGGUUAAUGAGUUAGGUUGGGAUUCUUCUUACCUUGUUAAGGGACCAGGGAUUUUUGGGUAUGGUUUGGAGAAAAGGGUCAUUCCGAGAGCAAUGAUCGUCCGCUAUCUUCUAAAUAAAGGCUUGAGAAGCGAGAGUGCUAGCUUGCUUACUCCAUUUUACUUGUCUGAGAAAUUGUUCUUGGAAAGGUAUGUGUUGUGUUUUGAAGAGGAGGAAAAAUCUUAUCUAUUGAAGUUAUAUUAUGAAAUGAUGAAGGUGGAAAAUGAGAAGGGACAGAAGAAUCCUGAGUCAUGAUAUGUCAUGUUCAUAAAUUGUUGAUUGUAGAAAUGUACUUUUCGUUGCCAGUAUUGUGACUAACUUAUUUAUGGGAGUGCUUUCUGCUGGCAUCACUUGUCACAAGCAAUUUUAGAUUGACCAACUUGGACAUCUACAGAAUUGUUGUAUACCUCAUCAGGUACCCCUGGACCGGGCGUGUGUUUAUAUGGAUAUAUAUUGCUUCUUCUGCAUUAUUUGAGAACUGGAAAUUGAAGUGAUAGAAAAGUUUUAGUGGUUAAAUUAUAAUUGACUAUUGUCUGGAUGUACCAUUGUGGAGAAGUUUUUGAAAUGAUUUGUGGCCGGUAAUGGCAUUUUAAUAAAAGUAUUCAUUUUUGUGGCCGCAUUACUGUUAA